CAUUUGGGUUUCCUUCUCUUUUUUACGUGUCGUCGCCUUUUCUGCCUCUUCUCUUCUUUUCUCGGUCUGCUGUUCUGCGGUGUGACGAGGCCGAAUCUUCUCCCCACCCAGCCCUCGCCUUUCUUCUUUUAGUCGCAGUGUUCUAUUUUUCUCCUUCGGCCGCCGCCGCCACUGCUGCACAGCUGGUGUCGGUGCCGCGCUUUUCCCCCCACGUCGUCCCUGCAGCCUAUGGCCCAGGCCGCCUUGGGUAUUUCUGCUCAAGGUAACCACAUCCCUCUUUAAAAAUUCCGCCGAAAAAGAGAAGAUGCUUUACCCGACUCUUUGGGCCGUUAUCUCACGGCGAACUUUCUGACCAAGUAUACAACUACCCAGAGGGCCUAGGAGAAGUGCUGUAUAGAGAGCAGUUCGACUUCAACGCUGAGCCACCUUGGGAACCUAGCUGAUGAUAGGGGGGUUCCAUCUCCUGACUUGUCCAUUUUGUUGCAUAUUCUAAAGGACCCAGACAUAGGCUUCGUGGCCCAUCUCUUGUUUUUCCUGGUUUAUGACUUUCGGCUUUGUGGAAUACGGCUGAGAUGAAAGGAUUUAUUGACGAUGCAAACUACUCCGUUGGCCUGUUGGGUGAAGGAACAAACCUUGGAAAUGUUAUUGAUAACUAUGUUUAUGAACAUACCCUGACAUGAAAAAAUGCAUUUUUUGUGGGAGAUCUUGGAAAGAUUGUGAAGAAACACAGUCAGUGGCAGAAUGUAGUGGCUCAGAUAAAGCCAUUUUACACAGUAAAGUGCAACUCCACUCCAGCUGUACUUGAGAUUUUGGCAGCUCUUGGAACUGGAUUUGCUUGCUCCAGUAAAAAUGAAAUGGCUUUAGUGCAAGAAUUGGGUGUAUCUCCAGAAAACAUUAUUUAUAUAAGUCCAUGCAAGCAAGUAUCUCAGAUAAAGUACGCAGCAAAAAUUGGAGUGAAUAUCAUGACAUGUGACAAUGAAAUUGAAUUGAAGAAAAUUUCACGUAAUCACCCAAAUGCCAAGGUCUUACUACAUAUUGCAACAGAAGAUAAUAGUGGAGGUGAAGAGAGUAGCAUGAAGUUUGGCACUACACUGAAGAAUUGUAGGCAUCUCUUGGAAUGUGCUAAGGAACUUGAUGUCCAAAUAAUUGGGGUUAAAUUUCACGUUUCAAGUGCUUGCAAAAUAUCUCAAGUAUAUGUACAUGCUCUAUCUGAUGCACGAUGUGUGUUUGACAUGGCUGGAGAAUUUGGUUUCAAGAUGAACAUUUUAGACAUUGGUGGAGGCUUCACAGGAACUGAAUAUCAGUUGGAAGAGGUUAAUCAUGUUAUCAGCCCUUUAUUGGAUAUCUACUUUCCUGAAGGAUCUGGCAUUAAGAUAAUUUCAGAACCUGGAAGCUACUAUGUGUCUUCUGCAUUUACACUUGCAGUUAAUAUCAUUGCAAAGAAAGUUGUUCAAAAUGAUAAAUUUUCCUCUGGAGUAGGAAAAAAUGGAAGUGAUGAACCAGCCUUUAUGUAUUACGUGAAUGAUGGUGUCUAUGGUUCUUUUGCAAGUAAACUGUCAGAGGACUUAAAUACCAUUCCAGAGGUUCACAAGAAAUACAAGGAAGAUGAGCCUUUGUUUACAAGCAGCCUUUGGGGUCCAUCCUGUGAUGAGCUUGAUCAGAUUGUGGAAAGCUGUCUUCUUCCUGAGCUGAAUGUGGGAGAUUGGCUUAUCUUUGAUAAUAUGGGAGCAGAUUCUUUCCAUGAGCCAUCUGCUUUUAAUGAUUUUCAGAGACCAGCUAUUUAUUACAUGAUGUCAUUUAGUGAUUGGUAUGAGAUGCAAGAUGCUGGAAUUACUUCAGACACAGUGAUGAAGAACUUCUUCUUUGUGCCUUCUUGCAUUCAACUGAGCCAAGAAGACAGCUUUCCCACUGACGCUUAAACAGGCAUUAACGCUUCUUUAGAUCUGAAGUUGCAGGUUAAACUUGUCUGGUCAACAUUCCAGUGUGGAAAGUUUUGAACAGUCUUAUUCUGUUAAUUUUCUUGGAAACAAAAACUAUUAGUAAUAGCUGUUUGGGACCAGACAAAAUCAGCUUUCAACUAUAAUUCAUUGGGGGUGAUGGGAGAUUAGAUAAUGUAUCCAGAUUUAAAUUUACCAGUUUGCCCUACCCCUAAGCGUUUAAAAUAAAAUAUGCAACAAAAUGGAUGACUUAGUGGAGAUGGAAGCCCAUUAAUUGGGUUCCCCAUUAAAUCGUUUACAUACAAGUACACAGUUUUUAUACUAAGGAUUCGUGUUAAAAAGUCUUGUAAAGUUAAUGUCUUUCACCCAGAUAUAUCAGAUGUCAGUGGAAGACCAGUAUGACUUCAUUAGAUACGUUUAGUGUGUUUAGAAUAUGUAAAUUUGUGCUUUGAACUGUAGUUUAAUGUACAAUUGCAUCAUAGUAUUUGUUGUAUUUGACCUAAUGUAACCCUUGUAUGAUUGCAAUAAAAUUUUUGUGUAGAUUUUAA